AUGAGAGUGGGAUUCCGGCAUCAGCUAGAAGUGAUUGAAAAGAAGAGUCCACAUGCAGUUUCUGAUGAAGAACAGCCAGUGGUGUCUGUUUCAGGAGUGUCUACAAAAGGAAAUGAAAGAACAAGGUAUUUGCCAAAGUAUCAAAAAAGUGAAGCUGAGCUGAAGGUGCCUGUAGCAGCUGCUUCUCUUUCCAUGGAUCCUGUUAGAAGCACAGGAGAUCUAACAGGGCAGCAGGUCACUAAUGAAGGAGGGAUGAAGAGUGCUUCUUUAAAGGAUUUGUGUCCUGAGGACAAGAGACGCAUUGCAAACUUAAUUAAAGAACUUGCCAGGGUAAGUGAAGAAAAGGAGGUGACAGAAGAACGGCUGAAAGCUGAACAGGAGUCGUUUGAGAAGAAGAUCAGACAGCUAGAGGAACAGAAUGAACUUAUCAUCAAGGAAAGGGAAGCUCUGCAGCAGCAGUACAGAGAAUGUCAGGAACUUUUGAGCCUUUAUCAGAAGUAUCUAGCUGAGCAGCAGGAAAAACUAUCUCUCUCCCUUUCUGAACUCAGUGCUGCCAAGGAAAAAGAGCAGAAGGUAUCCAGCAAGAAGAGCUCAGGCCAACAUCCAUCUUUGGAGCUAGAUGGUUCCUACUUGGGUAUUGGAGGACCUCAAACUUUUUAUAAGAACAGUAGAGCAUCAAAGGCUGGAAGUCCAGCCUGUGUUGCAUUGUCUCAGCCUUGCAGGAAUAAUCACAAUUAUGGGGCUGCAAUCCAUUACAACCAUCAGGAGUGUCUGAAGGAAUAUCCAGUAGAAAAUGGCUUGCACAGAAAGUGUAACAAUAUGGUUUCCCCAGCCAAGCAACAGAGCCCUGACCAUGUAAAACCAGCUCAGGAGAUGGACCAGAAAGCAAAUGAAUUUCAGAGCACAUGCCCUCAGCAAGGGUGUCAUGGUUGUGCCUGCAGGCAUGUAGGGAGCUCAGGGAGUGUGCAAGAGAGCCACCGUGUCAGCCAGGUACUUGGAACACACUCUGGGCGAGUUCUCAAAACCUGUGAUAAUUCUAGGCACUCUCGUGUUUCUGGGCUGAAUGACAGUGCGAACUCAGGGCCUAAAGAAACAGAGCAGGCUAAAAGAUUGUAUGAAGAAAGAAAGCAGAAGCUGCUUCUGCAGAAAAUGGAGCUGGAAAUUGAAAAGGAACGACUUCAACAUCUGUUGGCUAAGCAAGAAGCAAAACUGCUCCUAAAACAACAGCAACUACACCAAUCCCGUGUGGAUUAUAACAGGUUUAGAGGCCAGCUACCUGGUUCAGGAGAUGUGCCCGUUGAUGAAGCACCUGGAGAACUUGCUCUGAUGAUGAACGGCAGCAGCACAGGGCUAAGUGUACCAGUGUUGAAACAUGAAUAUCGUUUUCCAAUGACACCUCCAGUGAGCAAAACCUCCAGAACACCAGCGAGCAGUGGUGGGAGCAGUUCAGCGAAGAAAAUGGUUGGUUUUGGUGCAGACAUCGAAGAUGGGCAAACCCUGAUGCAAACCAAGAGGGAAGGCACCAAGUCAAGGAGAGGGACAAUUUCAGGACCUAGGAAGGAUGCAGCCAUACCUCCUGUGUUGACAGGCAGCAGCAAAGAGCUUGCAACCACAGCCACAUCACCAAUCCAGCAUGACACUUCAUGGCACGAAACCUGUCUGCUUGACCUGGUUGAAGCUAUGAGUCGAGUAUCUGCCCCAGGACACCUCCGCAGAGAAUCUUAUGACAGGAGCAAAAUGCAGAUGCCUCAUCGUGUGAGCCACAGGCCGUCUUCUUGGUACCAGACCCCUCGCAGUUCCAGAAGCAGAGCAGAUGAGCUAGAGGAGAGCCGACUCCUUGAGGAGAUUUUCUUCAUUUGA